AUGGCGCUGGCAUUCAAAGGCGUGAUGGUUGGUGACACCCGCUGCCAAAGGUGUGGACUUGAUAACGAGACGGCCAAACACAUACUUACUUCCUGCCUGAUGACCAAAACCAUCUGGCGACAAGUUCUUAUUUGGAUUAAGUUGCCAAUGUCUCCAGCUAAUCUUUCCAUUGGAUCAUUGGCGAUAUCGAUCCAGAAUCUCCAUGGAUCUACUAAGUGGAAAAAGACUAUUGGUGUGAUCUUUCUUGCUACCUGCUGGGAGAUAUGGUGCACUAGAAACAAAAAUAUUUUCAACAAUGUCUAUGACUCGACUACGGUUGUGGUGGAGAGGAUAAAGGAGGAAGAUAUUAAUUGGGGUGGGGUAAUGGGUCACCGGACGUUAAGAGGGUGGGGUUGUGAUGCUGGAGAAGAUGACUGGAAACUUUUGCCGGAAAUGAGAGCAGGGAUGGAGUGA